CUGUUUGUAUAAUAACAGUACAGUAGUGUUGUGUUUGACUUCACAAACAUUUAACAACACAUUCAUAGCUAUUAUAUUAUACUUUUACAGUACUGUUGUAAUAAAAAGCUGAAGACAUUGACAUUAAUUGGGACAACAUUUUUGGUCCAUAUUUUUAAGGGACAGUUAUCUCUGAAACUGUGAUAUAAGAGUUCAAACUAUUGACUAUAUGUUUGUUGUGUUUUUUAAAUACUAAUAUUUGUGCGACACUUAUAUAUAAUUGCAAUUUAAAACUAUUAUUAUUAGUUAAAUAUUGUUAAUAAGCAAUAUAUGUAUUAAUAGUUUAUAUCAAAUGUAAUAUCAAAUGCAUUGACAGCUUAUGACAGCCUAAAGGCAUUCAUUUGCAUCCAAUUAAUUGAUCACUUGGUUUACACAUAACAAUGGCUGCAAUCUUGAGGACGUUUGGCAUCAAAAAGCCUAAACAUAAGAAACUGCCUGAAGACUGGACCGACUGUAAGGCGCCAGUGAUUGAAGGCAUUACUUUCUAUUGUAAAUACUUAGGCAGUACUGUCAUUGAGGAGCCGUCCAGCGAUAUACUGACCGCCGAAGCCAUCAAACGAAUCAUACAAAUGGCCAAAGUCAGUAGCAAAAAGUUAAGAAAUGUAUCCAUUAAUGUAAAGCCUGUUGGCAUCAGUGCCAGUGAUUCAAAUAGUGGUGAAGAGCUCUUCAAUUUGUCCAUUUAUCGGAUCUCCUAUUGUUCAGCCGAUGCCACCUUCGAUAGAGUGGUGGCCUUCAUCGCCACCAACGCUAAUGAGACCCAUGAAUGUCAUGCAUUCCUUACCCCUAAACGCAAGAUCGCGGAGGCGACGGCUCUAACCAUUUCCCAGGCAUUCAGUAUCGCAUACGACAAAUGGCAACAAAUAGCUAAUAAUGGAGACAAUAAUAGCACUUCUCAGAGCACAACAAACACUAAUCAUGAAAGCAAUGAAUUGAACAAAAAGUCUUUUACAGAAAGGCCUCUCAUUGAUCUCAGCACUGAUGAGAACAUCAGACCUCCCACUGCCAGCUUUGACGACAACCUCUUCAAAUUUAACGACAACAAACUUAAUGGACAACAAUUGCGAAAUAAUCUGAACAUUGGUAACUUUGAACAAUUACAAGAGUUGGUCCAAAAAGAGGUAAACGAAAGUCAAAACAGUGAGAAGUUUUUCGCUGACGACGACCUCUUCUCUUUGUGAAUAAGAGUUUUGUUUUAUUGCAUUCAAAUAACCAAAUGUUUAGAAAUGCAUUUACGAUUUGUUUUAAAUUUUUGUUUUAUUACAUGAAAAUUAUUAUAUAUUUUAUUACUUAAUU